AUGGGCGAGCGCUCCACGAAGAAGUUCAAGGUCGUUCUGCUCGGCGAAGGCCGCGUGGGCAAGACCUCCAUCCUGCUGCGCUACAUCAAGGGCGAGUACGACGAGCGGCAGGUGUCGACGCUGCAGGCCUCGUACCUGGACAAGCGCCUGCUGGUAGACAACCGCCGCGUGGCGCUCUCGCUCUGGGACACGGCCGGCCAGGAGCGCUUCCACGCGCUGGGGCCCAUCUACUACCGCGACGCGGACGGCGCGCUGCUGGUUUACGACAUCACGGACGCCGAGUCGUUCCGCAAGGUGCGCACGUGGGUGCGCGAGCUGCGGCGCAUCGUGGGGGACGACAUCUCCAUCUGCAUCGCCGGCAACAAGAGCGACCUGCACCGCAACCGCAAGGUGCCCGAGGACGAGGCGCGGCGCUACGCCGAGUCGGUAGGCGCCGCGCACUUCGACACGUCGGCCAAGCUCAACCGCGGGCUCGAGGACGUGUUCGUGGAGCUCACGCGCCGCAUGCUGGAGCGCGCCGGCGGCAAGAAGAAGAAGGGCAGCGCGCUAAUCGCGGACGAUGACGACGACGAGGAGGACGUGCGGGCGCAUCCCCCCUCCUCCUCCUCGUCGACCCGGCAACAGCAACAGCAAAUGCAGCAGGUGCAGAAGCAGCACCCAGCGCAAAUGCAACAGCAGGGGGCAAGAGCAGAGGAGCCGCCGAGAAGUCGCGGGGGCGGGAGGGGCCAGCCCAUUCAGAUUGUGGAGGAGGACGACGGCUUCAACCCCGCGGCCUCCAGAAGUAGCGGGCUCAGGGUGCGGGGCGCCACGCACGUGGACACUGGCAAGGCCAAGAGCGGCUGUUGCUGAGAGAAGCGGAGGAAGCGGAGUGGGAAAGAUACUUUUUUGGAGAGUUGGUUGCGGAGGGAGAAGAGUAUUGGAAAGAUGCAGAGGGGAUAAGAAGAAACAAAGAUGCAUAUUUGCUUUUU